AUGGCCGAGCCUGUGACUCUGGGUCGGUUCUUCGGAGCGUUGGGCAAGACAUGGGCGCUCAUAGGCGCGCUUUAUCUCUUUGACAAGUACUCACCUCUGGGUUGGUGGACGUUCAAACCUCGCCCUAAGGAGGAGAGGGCCAUGGCUCACUUAUACGAGAGGGGCCCCACGCCUUUCCCAGGGGACGCAGCUGCCGGCGAUCCACACGCAGUGGACCGGUACUUUGAGCGCGGCGGCGUGGCCACCACCGUCGUGCCGGCCCGGUUCCGCCAGUCCUCUUCUGCUGGCAGCGCUGGCACAGACGUGGCGGGGCGGCGGGCAGCGGAGGAGCAGAGGCUCCUUGCGCGCGACUGCUGUUCAUGGCGCCCGUGGCGAUCGGCAGCAGCGGCGACUGCAGCAGCAUGCGCGCCGCUGCAUUACAUCGCAUGUGGCGGCUUCUGCUGGUGCGCGCCCUCCCCUUGCCAUUUCGGGCGACCUUGUGCUAGUGACGAGCUCGCGAGCGUGAGCGGCUGCAGCCGGCAUCGGCACCUGGCGCUCUGGCGCGCACGUCUGCAGCUCCUGGUGGCGCACGGCUGCUGCUCCUGGCGGCCCACUGCUGCUACUUCUGGCGGCGCACGGCUUUCUCCUUCCUACCGAGGUGGCGGACGGAAGCAGCUUCAACUGCACCCCCUGACUGGCGGCAGUAGCAUCACCGGUCGCUUGCAGCAGCUCCCCCUGACGCCCUGCAGUCAUGAAGCCCUGCAGCACCGGGCCUGCAGCAGUUCUCCCUGA